AUGCCAGCGGUAGAAACCAGGACCCAUCCAGGUAAUGAGUAUCACCGGAUUUUCAACAAGGUUUAUAACAAGCGACUAAAAUAUGUGCUCAAUGUCAAUAUAAUAUUAUCUGUAUUAAUGGUAACUGCGUUAGAUGCUCCAUUUAGAUCGAUACUGUGGAAUGGGUUUCUCAUUGCAAUUUUAUUGAAAGUACCUAUUUUUUUUAUAGCAUUGGGUAUGAUAAGACAAGCUAGGAAGAAAUUUUCAACAGUUGAGUAUUCUGUACAUAAGACAUUGGGGUCUCAAAUAUACUAUUCUAUUAUUUCAAAACAGUUUAUACGCAUCACCUUAUUUUAUGCAAUUGCAGCUAUAAGCAUUUAUGGAGUAUUCAUCUUUCACCUACCAUUUACCUAUGACUAUUAUUUGAUUUCCAAAGAGUAUCGAAAGAGCCCGCUUUUGAAUGACGCAUGGGUAUUUUAUUGGUACUCUCCAUUGAUGCUUGCGGCUUAUUACUCGGCUAGCCAAUUGAUCUUUCAAAGAAACAGAUUAAAGUUUGAAAUUGGCCAUAGUCGAAAGAGCCCAGAAAAGACAUUGUUUUCACAUAUAUCUCAAGCAAUUGGGAACGCUUUUGGGUUAAAUUUGAUAUUCACUUUGGCUAACCCUGUAUUCUACUGGUUUAUCAAACCAUAUCUAUACAAAAGCUUGCUUUUGCUUUCUUUGUUUGGUAUAGAUACUUCCACACCUGCAAGCAACACGUCGAUCUCAACAUAUUGCAAGGAGUCCUUUUUGGCAUAUAUAGUUCUUUUAAGUUGGGAGCUUGUUAACCAUGUUUUUGAUGUUUAUGCAACCAUUGGCUGUCUUGAUGGGAAAAAGCCAAUUUCAACGUAUAGUGAAGACCCUUUGAGAUGUUUGUUGGCUGGGUUGCGCGAUGUAUCUCGUAAGCAUCAGAUAAGUAGGCUAACUGCUUUUCAAGAGUUGGCCUACAUUGCCACCUCCAAUGACAGAGAAGGCAUAAAGUUGCGCUUGGCUUUGUUCAGCUCCAAAAAGAAAGUCAACUUGUGGCCCGAUUUUUAUGAAGAAUGCGCUUUAGUCAUAAGAGAAGUUAGUGAAAGAAUCAACUACCGGAGCUCAAGUGAUAUCAAAGAAUUGAAGAAUUUGAGAAAGUCGUUAGAAGGGGAUUUAAUAACAGGGUUUAAGCAAAAUAAAGAGGACGACAACAUUUUCGGGAACUCUUAUGCCUUACCAAAAGAAAAGAGUAAAGGUCAAAUGCACAAGCCUGUUUCCUCAAGCAGCAACAAAUUUGUAGAAAUUUGGGAAAAAGAGAUUGCAGCGGCCUUGCGUACCAUUCUUGGUAAAUAUACCACAGAAAAGUUUUGGAAGAAAAAGGGCUUUAUCUUGAAAAGAAUUAACAAUAAUAUCGCUGAAGCCAAGCAAAGCUUUCUAGAUUCUAGAAUUGGGAAAUUGUUCAGAAUCACUCUUAAAAGAGAUUGUGAAUCACGAGUAAGAAACCCAAUCAACUUUGGCAAUUCAAUCAUUGCAAUCUGUAAUAUUCUUCAGCAUUCAGUGGAAGAUGAUCUUUACGGUACUAUCAACCCCUCAGAUAUCGCUGCCACACUUAACUUACUUGAACAAUCAAUAAGAGCUUCAACUAAUUACACUGACUAUCCCCCUGAAUCAGUAUUCAUCAAUGACGAUACGAACCCCAAACAAUCAUUGAUUUUCUUAUUGCGAAACCUUGCAAUGCAUGAGUUUUAUGAAUUAUGUUUGCAAUUCAAUAGCCAAUUGAAUGAUCUUAAUUUAACUCAAAAAACGUACAAAUUGGCGAAAUGGGUCAUCGACAUUGCCAUAGCUGACAGGCAGCAGGUAGAGAGAAAAUACACAUAA